AAAGAGAAAAAGUGCUCAUUAAACUUCAAACUCCUAAUCUAAAUAUAGCAAGAAAAAACAAGUGUGUAUGAUUGCUAAAUUUGAAACCACAAAAGGGGACUUGGAAACUUUCAAAAGCAAAAAAGCUAAAGUUAGGGAAGUGAAGAGGAAGAGGAAUUUGAAAACAACCAAAUAACUACAAACGGUAGAGUUGGUUGAAACGAGAUCCCUUUCUGAAAAGGCCAUGGAAAUUUACGAUGCGAGAACAGGAAGCAGAUUGCUUCUUGUGUUGUUAAUUUUGAUGCUUCAUGUUGCUUCGUGUUUUGCAGAUUCUAACAAGGCUCCCGAGAGGCCGUCUUUCUGGAAUUUUAUUCAAGAAACUGUUGCCAUUUUGAAGAAAUCUCAUUCCACUCCAUUGGACAAAAUCAGAAGUAUCAUUCACCAAAUGCAGUUCCAGUUUUUCCCUCCCAAUUUGGAUUUUAGGAGUAGUGAUGAAACAAAGGGUGGUGUGGUUGAUGAAGUGAAAGAAGCAGUGGAAAAGAGCUUUGAAGUAAGCAAAGAUGCAGUUGAAGAAUCUGCAAAAUCUGCAGCAAAAGUUAUGGAGGAAGCAGUAGACAAAGUUAAAGAGAACUUGGUAGAUAAUAAGGACAAGGUCAAGAACAAACAUGAUGAGCUUUGAUCAUCCAUGUCCACUUUCUUAAGACUCUGUUACUGUUCUUUGAAACUUAGAUUCAAAUUCAAUAGGCUUCUCGUGACAGAUGAGGAUCACUAAUUAUUAACCUUCUACCAUGAAGGAUGAAGUAUAUUUGCCUUUUUGUCUCUCACAAUGAAGUCUUUAGAAAUGACUUGUUUAUUUUUAUAUUAGAGAAAACCUAAUUUCCAAUUGUAAAGAGGCUAAGAUAAAUCUGCACAAAAAAAGUAAUAGACAAAACUAAAUUUAUAAAGUCAUCAAAUGACAGAAUGCAAGCAAUUUGAAAUCUUG